AUGCAACUUUAUUUCCGUCAAAUCGGAUUGCUGAAACUAAUGAUUGGGGAGGAGCCUAGACCGAGUGACCCCGCCCUUCAGGAAGAUUGGGACGAGCGCGCCUCGGCUGGCUACUACUUGAUGUCGCAGAGUUUGGAGCUGAACCAGCGUCACCACGUCAUGCACCUGCUGCCGGAGGUUGAGUGCGGUCCGAAGGCGUGGACGGUGUUGAAGGAGCUGCACGCCCCGACCUCCGUUGUUGCAACAUUGAUGCUGGAGAGGGAGCUGUCCGCGUUGCGCCUGAGCGAGGGAGAGCCGAAUCGUCACCAGGAUGGCGGCGCGCGGAGGAACCAGAAAAACGGCGCCAACAUGGUCGCUGAUUCGUCCGACAACAACCCGAAGGGCAACGGCGGUGCGGAGAAGAAGAAGGAGCGCACCGCGGGCCAAUUCUUCCAUAUGGGAGACAAGGGGGAGCAAGGAGACGCAUCUGCUAAGGCUAGAGCAGAGCUGCACCCCCUGGACUAUUGGGUGUUGGACACAGGCGCUGCUUGGACAAUGACGCCGCGCAAGGACCUGCUGGACGACGGAGCGGAUGGCAAGCCGGUGGUGCUGCACGACGUUCUCCUCGUCCCCGACCUGAAGGCCAACCUCAUCUCCCUCCGUAAGCUUGGCAAGGCUGGGGUGAACACCAACACGGAUGGGGCUCGCACUUAUAAGGGGAAGCUGGGCAAUCGGGUGCUUUGGGAUCUGCACGAGAGCAAGGACGUGUACAGAUCUAUGUGGCAGCUGCCGGCGCUGGCGUGGCACGGUGGGGGGCAGGCUGGAGAGGGGUCUGCAUCCCAGGGGGAGUGCAACGCCGUUGGAGGGGUUGGUGUGAAAGUGUCGGCCAGAUCUGGGGAGACAGAUUGGGCAACUGCACACCGACGUUUGGGGCAUGUGGCAAUGCCUUUGCUGAAGCAGCUGGAGAAGGAUGGAGCCGUUAAGGGCUUAAAGCUGAACGGACAACCACCCGAUGAUAACUGUGAAAUUUGCCUCCUUUCAAAGUUCACCCGUUUCCCCUUCCAUAGUGUGGCUGGCAGGAGCAAAAAGCCGUUGGAGCUGGUCCACAUGGACUUGGUGGGGCCGCUGCCGGUGCAAGGGCACAAGGGGGAGCGGUACUUCCUAACCAUAGUGGAUGACUGGAGCAGGCUAAUGUGGGCGUAUCCGCUGAAGCAGAAAGAUCACGCCGCCUCCACGAUUCGGGACGAUUGGCUGCCGUUCGUGGAGAAGCAAGCGGAGUGUGUGGUGAAGCGGAUUAGGACAGAUCGGGGUGGUGAGUUCCUUGGAGCUGAGAUGACGGCCUGGCUCAAGAAGCAGGGCAUCCAGAGGGAGCUGACCACGGCUUACACCCCACAGUCCAACGCCGGAGGCCAGGGUGUCCAGCAGAUGGAGCAGAUUACCAUGCAGCUGGACCUGACUCCUAGUGUGUGGGAGGAGGGAGAGGAGGCAGCUGCAGAGGGUGGUGAUAAAGAGAAGGUGCAGGAGGCACCUGCUGGUGGAGGUGAUGGUGUGGAGAUUAGCGGUAGCACUAGUGGAGCUGCUGGAUCCGAGGGAGGAGAGCAGCAGCAGGGGAAAACUAAGAAGCCGAAGGGUGUUAUUAUGAAGGGAUGGGAGACACCCGUCUCCAGGCCAGGACGUACCCGUAUGGCUACUAAGAAGCUGACUGCAGGAGCUGAUGUAGCGGAGCAGCAGCUUGGGACCGAGGAGGCAUUGCUGAUUCUACCGCAUGGCUAUGACCCGGAUGAGGAGGAUCAACCUGCGUACUGUUUUCUUGCCCCUGCACCAGAGGAACCAGCUAGCAUGGAGGAGGCAUUAGCUGGACCAGAUAGGGACAAAUGGCUAGCUUCCAGGGAUGCUGAGUACCAGAGCCUGCUGGAGAAUGGGACUUGGGAACUAGUGGUGCUGCCUGAGGGAAAGAAAGCGGUACAAUGCAAGUGGGUGCUAAGGAUCAAGACUGACGACAAGGGGCAGGUCACCAUCUACAAGAGUAGGUUGGUGGCUAAGGGGUUUAUGCAGAAGGAGAAGCGGGACUUCAAUGAGAUCUUUGCUCCCACUGCCAAACCCCCUACCCUUCGUGUCUUGUUGGCAGAUGCAGCCGUUAGUGGGAAGUUCAUUAUCCAGAUGGACAUAUCAACGGCAUUUCUCAACGGGAUUUUAGAGGAGGAGGUGUUCAUGACGCAGCCACCUGGGUAUGAGGAUGGUACGGGCAGGGUGUGCAAGCUGAAAAAGUCCAUCUACGGCUUGAAGCAGGCGCCACGCUGCUGGUACCAGAAGUUGGCAGCUGUUUUAGAGGAGAUGGGAUUCAGGACCAGCAGCUGUGAUGAGAGCCUCUUUCUCAAGGGGGAGGGGGAGAAGCUGGUGCUGUUUCUGGUCUAUGUGGACGACAUUCUUCUCUUUAGCAGCAGCAUGAAGGAGAUCCAGAAGGUGCAGCAGCAGCUGAUGGAGAACUUCAAGUGCAAGAACCUUGGGGAGGUAAAGUACUACCUCGGGAUGCACGUGGAGAGGGAUCUGGAUCACAGGUGGUUGAAGCUGCACCAGGAGAAGUUCAUCAAGGAGCUUGGGGAGAAGUACGGAAUUGAGAAUGAGCGCAAGGUUGCAACUCCCCUGCCAGCAGAAUUCAAGCUUGUGAAAGCUGCAGAGGAUGAAGGGGUUGAAGCCGAGGAGCAGCAGCAAUUUCAGUCCUUGGUGGGCAGCCUCUUGUAUGCAGCAGUUCACACGAGACCCGACAUCUCUUUCUCGGUUGGGCAGCUGGCUAGGGUAGUGCAGAAUCCAUCAGAGGAGCAGGUGGAUGCAGCUGAGCGUGUGGUGAAGUAUCUGAACUCUCACCCAAGCAUUGGAGUUCAAUACUCCGCAUCUGCACAGGUGAAGCAGAAAGGGGUUGAGGUGCUGAAAGAGAAGGGGGAGAGGCUUGGAGAAGGCAAGCUUUUUCUCACUUGCUUUACUGAUGCUACGUGGGCCUCUGAGAAGGAGGAUUCCUCAUCUGUGGGAGGAUACAUCUGCGUAGUUGGGGGAGGACCGGUUAGUUGGAGGUCAAAGAAGCAGACGGAGACAGCACUCUCUUCCGUGGAAUCAGAGUACAUGGCGAUGUUCCAUGGGGUGAAGGAGGUGAUUUGGCUGAGGAGGCUGUUGGAGGAGAUUGGCCAGGAGCAAAAGGUUGCUACGCCGCUGUUUUGUGAUAGCAAGGGAGCUCUUGGGAUGGCCAGGAACGCUGUGCUUCAUGGGCUGAAUAAGCACAUGCGUAUCAAGUGGCACUGGCUGCGUAAGGAGGUGAAGAGGGGGACGGUGAAUCCGAUCUACAUCAAGACUCACCAGCAGCCAGCAGACUUCCUCACCAAGAGGCUUGCGGAUGAGUCUCAUUGGCGUUGUGUGCGCAUGAGUGGAAUGAGCAUGAACUAG